CCGCACUGGAGGCGGCAGGCGGGGGCCGGGCGAGGGAGGGGGUGGCCCGAGCCAUCCGACUCCGCAGUUGUCUCCGGAGCGCGGGCUGCGCCGCCCGAGCCGCUGGGCUGGGACCCGCUCGCCGGUCGCUCCCGGGCCGGCUCUUCCAGGCGCUCGCCAGCAUGCAGCCCGGGAGCCGGCGGCGCACCCCGGUCCGCUGCUGAGCCGGCCGGGGCGGCGGGGACCUGCGCCUGCCGAGCCCCUCCUUCCUCGCCCCGGGGCGGACGAGCGGCGCCCCGGCCCCCACGCUUCGCCCAUGCAGCCGCCAAGGGAGAGGCUAGUGGGAACAGGCCGAGCUGGAUGGAUGGGUAUGGGGAGAGGGGCAGGACGAUCAGCCCUGGGAUUCUGGCCGACCCUCGCCUUCCUGCUCUGCAGCUUCCCCGCAGCCGCCUCCCCGUGCAAGAUCCUCAAGUGCAACUCUGAGUUCUGGAGCGCCACGGCGGGCGGCCCCUCCCCGGCCUCAGACGACGCGCCCGAGUUCUGCGCGGCCCUGCGCACCUACGCCCUGUGCACGCGGCGCACGGCGCGCACCUGCCGGGGCGACCUGGCCUACCACUCGGCGGUCCAUGGCAUCGAGGACCUCAUGAGCCAGCACAACUGCUCCAAGGAUGGCCCCACCUCGCAGCCGCGCCUGCGCACGCUGCCGCCCCCCGGGGACAGCCAGGAGCGCUCCGACAGCCCCGAGAUCUGCCACUACGAGCGCAGCUUCCACAAGCACGCGGCCGCCCCCAACUACACGCACUGCGGCCUCUUCGGGGACCCGCACCUCAGGACCUUCACGGACCGCUUCCAGACCUGCAAGGUGCAGGGGGCCUGGCCGCUCAUCGACAAUAACUACCUGAACGUCCAGGUCACCAACACGCCUGUGCUCCCCGGCUCGGCCGCCACGGCCACCAGCAAGCUCACCAUCAUCUUCAAGAACUUCCAGGAGUGCGUGGACCAGAAGGUGUACCAGGCCGAGAUGGACGAGCUCCCGGCCGCCUUCGCCGACGGCUCCAAGAACGGCGGGGACAAGCACGGGGCCAACAGCCUGCGGAUCACGGAGAAGGUGUCGGGCCAGCACGUGGAGAUCCAGGCCAAGUACAUCGGCACCACCAUCGUGGUGCGCCAGGUGGGCCGCUACCUGACGUUCGCCGUCCGCAUGCCCGAGGAGGUGGUGCACGCGGUCGAGGACCGAGACAGCCAGGGCCUCUACCUCUGCCUGCGGGGCUGCCCCCUCAACCAGCAGAUCGACUUCCAGGCCGCCCGCGCCCCCGAGGGCCCGGCGCCCGCCGCCCCCGACACCUUCCCCUACGAGACGGCCGUGGCCAAGUGCAAGGAGCGGCUGCCCGUGGAGGACCUGUACUACCAGGCCUGCGUCUUCGACCUGCUCACCACGGGCGACGUGAACUUCACGCUGGCCGCCUACUACGCCCUGGAGGACGUCAAGAUGCUCCACUCGGACAAGGACAAGCUGCACCUGUACGAGAGGACGCGGGAGCCCCCCGGCCGGGCAGCCGCCGCGGGGCUGGCCCCGGCCCCCCGGCUCCUCCUGGGCAGCCUCCUGCUCCUCGCCCUGCUCCCCGUGUUCCCGGAGGCCCUGGCCGCAUAGGACGGAGAGCGAGGCGCCUGCAGAAGGGCCUGGCUUCCCGGCGGCCCCGGCCUCGGAGGGGCCAGAAGCGAGGCGGCGCUGGCUGGUGAGCUUGGGGCGGUUCCUUCGGCGCUGACUUGGCUGCUGCUGCUGCUGCUGCCAGGCCUGGGGCUGGGGCGGCCCCUCGCCCUCCUGGGGGCCCCCCGACAGGCUGGGGUGACCCACUGGUGCUGUGCCCGCUGCGACGGUGCAGCCCCGCCGUGUGAAUGUGCACAUCCGAGCCCCAGGCCGGAGCCCCGCCACUGACACUGGGAAGGUCACGCCAGCGCCUCCCCAUGGCCCCGCCAUGCACUGAACGCCCGGCGACUGCUGCACGCCCGCCGUCCGCGCACACUUACACUCGCACACUCGCACACACUGAGCCGGCGGGGCCGGGGCACCCUCGCGGCUGGACCCCCCCCCCCCCAGGCCGGGCCUCCUGUCCCCGGGGGUCUCAGGGCACCCCAGGCCCCCGCCCGGGACAGUGCGUGUUGGCACGUGCUCUGAGCGACGCCACUCGUGGGCUUGGAUGCCCUUCUCCGGCCCCUUCUCCCGCGGCCCCCGCCCCCACUGUGCUUAGGAAGUCGAGUUGAGUUUCUAAAUGUCCACACACAGAACUACCCUUUGACUUAUGACCCUUCCUGCCCAGCAGGUGGCCAGAGCGCGGGCAGGGGGCCGGGGCCGCAGGGGGUGGGGGGGUGGCCUGGUGGACGGGGCCAGCUGGCCUGCCCUGAUCCUCUGCUCGCUCCCCAAACCCGCUCCUCCCAUCCACCCAGGUCUGCGUCGGGAGGGGAGGGGGCUUCAUCAGGCCUCGCGGCCCUGAGCAGCCAUGGCAGGGUCUCCCCCCAUCGUCGGGUCCCUUCCCAUGAGCCCCUGGGCCACACAGCCGGGGAGACCUCCCGCUGGGAGCCCCGGCCAGUCCCGCUGCUGCUGCUGCUCCAGGGACCCCUGCCAGCUGGGUUCCUCUCCCCAAGGUGCUGCCAGGCCCCAGGGGGCCGUCCUCCCAGAAGCCCCGCAGCCCUCACCGCCGGCCCGCCGGCCCCACCCACCCCCUGCCGUCCCCAGGGACCUCGCAUACACUGGCCCAGGAGGCUGCGGACCUGUCCCGCCUCCCCCUCCAAGAGGUCCCCUCUCUGCCAACCCCCCCGGCGGGCAGGCGGCCCCACUGGCCUUCAGACAGCCCCUGCGCUGGAAGGAAAAAGUGAAGCACUUUAUUUUGGUUGUGUUUGCUCUCGCGUCUGCUUGGAAGUGGGGACCUCCCCCACCCCCCACUGCGUCCUCGUGUCUGCGACCUGUGUGGAGGGUCCCCGCGUGUACAUACUGUAAAUUAUUUAUUAACGGCUACAUGCAAGUAAAGUUUGGGUUUUGUUUUGUUAUUUUCCUUUGGA